AGUGGUAUCAGAGCAUGGUUCAUAGAUACUUGUACAAACUUCACGGGCUUAAAGACUACUCGAGACGCAAAGCUCGGACCAUCCGGUAAAGUAUGUGCAUUAUUUUCUUUAUGUGUUUUACUUGCUUUAUUUAUUAGUUAUAAAUUAAUAUAUAGAAUAAUGGUGAGACGUGUAACCCGAGGAAAACCGAGCACUCCUUCGGAUGCACCACAAGACCACAAUCAAACUAUCGAUAAUCUCUCUAACUUAAUCCGUGAACAAGCCCAAAACCACCAACGUCAAAUCGAACAACUCCUCCAACGUAACCAAACCCCGCCCCAAAAUAACGCGCCUCAAGCUAUAUACGAACGAUUCCUCCGAAUGAACCCAUCCGAAUUCCACGGUGGAACCGACCCCACCAUAGCCGAAGAGUGGAUCAAAUCUCUCGAAGUCAUAUACGACUACAUGCAAAUGACCGACCGCGACCGCGUACAUUGUGCCAUAUUCCUCCUCCGAAACGAAGCUCGUCACUGGUGGGAAGGAAUCAAGGAAGGAACGAACCUCGAGACUCUGCCAUGGACCGAUUUCAAAGUCCAAUUCUUCGAAAAAUAUUUCUCGAAAGACGUGUGAGCCCACAAACUCAAAGAAUUCCU